CUCCCGGCCUGGCAUCCCGGUAGCCGCAGCUGUCUUUUCCGGCACUCGUUCCCCCUCCGCGCGUAGCGGACCCCUCUGGCUCUCGGGGAUCCCCCCCCGAGCAGCUGCAUCCUCUGGGUGGGUCUCAUAAUCCGUGGCUGGCCCCCUCUACCUGCGCGCAGCCAUGGCCAGUGAAAACUCCCCUUUGCUGGCCUACCGGCUCCUGGGGGAGGAGGGGGUUGCCUUCCCUGCCAGUGGGGCUGGAGGACCUGGAGGUGAAUCUGCCCGGAAGCUCUCCACCUUCCUGGGUGUGGUGGUGCCCACGGUCCUGUCCAUGUUCAGUAUAGUUGUCUUCCUGAGGAUUGGGUUCGUGGUGGGCCAUGCUGGGCUGCUGCAGGCUUUGGCCAUGCUCCUGGUUGCCUACUUCAUCCUGGCGCUCACUGUCCUCUCUGUCUGUGCCAUUGCCACCAACGGAGCUGUUCGGGGCGGGGGAGCCUACUUCAUGAUCAGCCGGACCCUGGGACCUGAGGUUGGAGGCAGCAUCGGCCUCAUGUUCUACCUGGCUAAUGUCUGUGGCUGUGCUGUCUCCCUGUUGGGGCUGGUGGAGUCCAUGCUUGAUGUCUUCGGGGCGGAUGCCACAGGGUCCAGUGGGCUCCGGGUCCUGCCCCAGGGCUACGGCUGGAGUUUGCUUUAUGGCACCCUGCUUCUGGGCCUGGUGGGUGGGGUCUGCACGCUGGGGGCUGGCCUCUAUGCCCGUGCCUCCUUCCUCACAUUCCUGCUGGUCUCCGGUUCCCUGGCCUCAGUGCUGGUCAGCUUUGUGGCUGUGGGGCCCAGGGUCAUCCAGUUGACCCCUCGGCCUGGCCCCAAUGGCUCCUCCCUGCCACCCCAGGUUGGCCACUUCACCGGCUUCAAUAGCAGCACUCUGAAGGCCAACUUGGGCGCUGGCUACGCAAAGGACUACACCACAGGGGCCAUGAUGACCUUUGCCAGCGUUUUUGCCGUCCUUUUUAAUGGCUGCACAGGCAUCAUGGCUGGUGCCAACAUGUCUGGCGAGCUGAAGGACCCCAGCCGGGCGAUUCCUCUGGGCACCAUUGUAGCUGUCGCCUACACCUUUUUCAUCUACAUCCUGCUUUUCUUCCUCUCCGGCUUUACCUGUGACAGGAUCCUGCUGCAGGAGGAUUAUGGGUUCUUUCGUGCCAUCAGCCUGUGGCCCCCACUGGUGUUGAUUGGCAUCUAUGCCACAUCAAUCUCAGCCUCCAUGAGCUCCCUUAUUGGUGCCUCCCGCAUCCUCCACGCCCUGGCCCAGGACGACCUCUUUGGAAUGAUCUUGGCACCAGCCAAGGUGGUGUCCCAAGGGGGGAACCCCUGGGGGGCUGUGCUCUAUUCCUGGGGCCUAGUCCAGCUGGUGCUCCUAGUUGGGAAGCUGAACACACUGGCUGCUGUGGUUACUGUCUUCUACUUGGUGGCCUAUGCUGCAGUGGACCUGUCCUGCCUGAGCCUGGAGUGGGCCUCGGCCCCCAACUUCCGCCCCACCUUCAGCCUGUUCUCCUGGCACACCUGCUUGCUGGGGGUAGCCUCCUGCCUGCUCAUGAUGUUUCUCAUCAGCCCUGGGGCUGCAGGCGGCUCCCUGCUGCUCAUGGGCCUGCUUUGUGGCCUGCUCACAGCUCGAGGCGGCCCCAGCAGCUGGGGCUACGUCAGCCAGGCCUUGCUUUUUCACCAGGUCCGUAAAUACCUGCUUCGCCUGGACGUGCGGAAGGAUCAUGUGAAAUUCUGGAGACCCCAGCUGCUGCUCCUGGUGGGGAACCCCCGGGGCGCCCUGCCUCUGCUUCGGUUGGCCAACCAGCUCAAGAAGGGAGGCCUCUAUGUGCUGGGCCACGUCACGCUGGGAGACCUUGACUGCCUGCCCUCGGACCCUGUGCAGCCACAGUAUGGGGCGUGGCUGAGCCUUGUGGACCGGGCCCAAGUGAAAGCCUUUGUGGACCUCACCCUCUCACCCUCUGUGCGCCAGGGGGCUCAGCAUCUGCUGCGGAUCUCAGGCCUUGGUGGCAUGAAGCCCAACACAUUGGUCCUGGGUUUCUACGAUGAUGCUGUACCCCAGGAUCACUUCUUGACAGACCCGGCUUUUUCUGAGCCUGCUAAUGGUACCCAGGAGGGCGGGUCCCCAGCCCUGAGUACCCUGUUCCCUCCACCCCGGGCUCCUGGGAGCCCCCGAGCUCUAAGUCCUCAGGACUACGUGGCCACAGUAGUAGACGCCCUCAAGAUGAACAAGAAUGUGGUUCUGGCAAGAGCCUGUGGGGCCCUGCCCCCUGAGCGUCUGAGCCGGGGGUCCGGCAGUACCUCUCAGCAGCAUCAUGUGGAUGUGUGGCCCCUCAACCUGCUGCGGCCUCGGGGUGGCCCUGGCUACGUGGACGUCUGUGGCCUCUUCCUGCUGCAGAUGGCAACCAUCUUGGGCAUGGUACCUGCUUGGCACAGUGCCCGGCUCCGGAUCUUCUUGUGCCUUGGGCCUCAAGAGGCCCCUGGGGCGGCUGAGGAGCGUCUCCGGGCCCUGCUGAGCCAGCUGCGGAUCCGGGCGGAGGUGCAGGAGGUGGUGUGGGGUGACGGGGCUGGGUCCGGACAGCCCGAGGAGGAGGAGGAAGGGGACUUCGUGAACAGCAGGCGGGGAGACUCCGAGGCAGAGGCCCUGGCCUGCAGCGCCAAUUGCCUGGUUCGGGCCCAGCAAGGGCGCGGCAGAGGAGGGCCUGGUGGGCCUGAGGGUGGGGAUGGUGAGGAGGGGCCCACCACCGCUCUCACCUUCCUGUACUUGCCGCGGCCACCUGCUGAUCCUGCCCGGUACCCCCACUACCUGGCCCUGCUGGAGAUUCUGAGCCGGGACCUGGGCCCCACGCUGCUCAUUCAUGGUGUCACCCCUGUCACUUGCACCGAUCUCUGAUGCCUUGUUGCUGAAGUAGAGUGUCCUGGCUAGCAGCCCCCCUUCAUAGCAGAUGAGGAGGGAAGGGCUGCCUCCUGCCUGCCCUGAACAUGGGACACAUGGCCAGGGGGAGGUACUAGGGGGUCCUGGGCUAGGGCAGCUCUAGAUCUUUAGGAGCGGGGCCCUGACGCACUGAUGAAUGCAGGGCAGCCCUCCCUGCCCAGCCAGGGGGAGGGGGAGCCAGCUCUGCCCCCUCCUUCCCCGCACCGGUGCCUUGAUGGGGGCUAGGUCUCUGCCUGAGACUCUAGGCUACCUCAGUCUCCCCCUCACCUGACAGACUCACUGACCCGAGGUGUGAUGUUUUUGUUGUUUUAUUUUUCUAACUGCUGAACCGAAUAAAAGACCUAAACACUA